ACUGGCUCCCCUUUUCUACUCACCCCUUCUUAUUUCUCUGCCGUUUGACAAGAAAAACAUCAUCUCAAUUAUCGACUGAAGCACGAGAAAGCUCAAUCAACUUCGAAUGCUGUCAAAACACAUAAUCAGAUGGCCUCUCCUGCAGACAUUGUCAUUGCUCCCCAUGGGGAUAUUCAUCUCCUUGUCGGCCCCAACGCGAAGCGAAUCAAGGUGCAAUCGCUCAUUCUUCGCGUCAGCUCUACCGGCUUUUUCACACUUUCUGGACCCAACGGCCUCUGGAUAGAUGCCAAAACCAUCUCUCUCCCCGACGAAGACGGUGAAGAGGCCCUCGUAAUUGUCCUCAAUGCCGUCCACUACCGCGCGGAUAAGAUCGACGACCCGCUUCCCCCAGACAUGAUUCUUCGCGUUGCCAUUGUUUCGGAAAAGUACGGCUUCACUCAGCCACUGAAGCUCUGUGCCCGCGACUGGCUAAAGUGCGACAAUGUCCAUGAUGUACACAAGCUGUGCCAGCUUGCCAUUGCAUCCAUCUUGUUCCAGGACGAGAAAAGUUUCAGCGACACGACGCUGAAGCUUCUUCGAUCGUAUGCAGGCUCAUAUUGGCGCCUUGCUGCUGAGGUCAAGGAGUCGCUGAAGAGGACCCCCGAGACAGCUUUUCGGUUUGCUGGCAUGAUGGAGGAACGACGGACUCAACUUCGGAUGGACCUACUCUUUCACGUCCUCCACCGACCAUUCCUAACUGAACAACAAGCUCAAAUACUGUACAGCUGUUCGAAAAACUGUAUUUACAGGAGUCAUUCGUACAUGCAUUACAUCAAAGUUUUGGCCAACCCGCUCGCCACACAACUUGUAGAGUCGUCACUGACUCUAGCACGAGUAUCUGAAAUAUCUAUUGACAAGGUUAUCGAGGAUAUCGAGUCCAGAAAUUACUCCCUGAUGGAUUUUUCUUGACAACUCAGUGCUUCAAUCUGUUGGUGAUUCAUUCUUAAGAGGUGGCGGAGCUCAUGCUCAUGCUCAUGCUCACGCUCAUGCUCGUGUUGUGUUAAUUCUCAAUGAAAUGUAGUUGGCUGACUCAC